AUGAGAGGGGUAUCUGAAAUAGCCUACAGGUUAAGGAAAUCACACAUCAUAAGAUACUUACUACCAUUAUUCACUACCUUCUUGGUUAUCUCUAUUUUAUAUAGUAGAAGUAAUAUCGAAAUAGGGACCAAUGAUUUAAUACAAAAACACAGGUGGGCCCAUGAAGAUGAAGAUUCAUUUUAUUUCACAUAUUCCAAAAAGUUUAAAAUGCCAGCGUAUUCAUAUAAUUCAAAAAAAGAUUCAAACAAAAAUUGGCUAUUUUUCAGUAGUAAACAAGAAGAUGUAAUCCCACAAUCCCAUAUUGCUCACUAUGAUUUAAAUAAGUUGAAAAGCACGGCAAAUGCAGCUGUUGACAAAGAACAAAUCUUAAUUUUAACUCCUAUGCAAACUUUUCAUGCUAAAUAUUGGGAAAAUUUAUUACAAUUAACUUAUCCAAGAGAAUUAAUUGAAUUAGGUUUUAUUAUACCAAGAAGCAAGUCUGGUGACAAUGCUUUGAAAUUGUUGGAGAGAGAAAUUAAAAAAAUUCAAACUGGUAAAAAGGAACAACGUUUUCAUAAAAUCACAGUUUUAAGACAAGAAUCACCCAGUUUUAAUGAAUUGGGCGAGAAACAAAGACAUGCUCUAGAGGUUCAAAAAGAAAGACGUGCUAAAAUGGCACUAGCCAGAAAUGAACUAUUGUUUUCUACUAUCGGUCCAUAUACCUCCUGGGUCUUAUGGUUGGAUGCUGAUAUUGUUGAAACUCCACCAACUUUACUUCAAGAUAUGACUUCUCACGAUAAACCUGUUCUAGCUGCUAAUAUUUACCAAAAAUUCAAAAACCCAGACGACAAUAAUAAAAUUGAUAUUAGGCCAUAUGAUUUUAAUAAUUGGGCUGAAAGCGCCAUUGCUUUGGAAUUAGCUUCUAAAAUGGAUAAUGACGAAAUCAUAGUGGAAGGUUAUAGCGAACUUGCCACAUACAGGCCUUUAAUGGCUCAUCUUUAUGAUCAGAAUGGUGACAUUAAUGCUGAAAUGCAUUUAGAUGGUGUUGGUGGUGGUUGUACUUUAGUUAAGGCCGAGGUUCAUAGAGACGGUGCAAUGUUCCCUAAUUUCCCAUUUUAUCAUUUGAUUGAGACUGAAGGUUUUGCUAAGAUGGCUAAAAGAUUAGGUUAUGAAAUUACUGGCUUACCAAAUUAUUUAGCAUACCAUGUUGAAGAAUAA